AGUGAAGGAGUUUAGGCGGGAAACCCAAAAUUUUUCUGGAUAUUCUCAUUCCAUGGCCGGAGCUAACCCAAUUCCUGCAAACGACGCCGCAGAGGGAGCGUCGGAGCCAUCCCCGCCGAAAAUGCCCGACGUCGACUCCGCCCGCACGAAGCUUCGCCAACGAUGGGAGUUGGCUUCAGUUCUCAACUUCCUCCACGUAUUCCAUCCGAUAAUUGGUGGAGAUCUGAAGUUAUCCGCUGAAGAUGUGGAAACUGCAAUAAUCGAGCAAAACAGUACACUUGCUAAGCUUCACAUAGCACUCUUGAAGGGAAUUCUCCCUUCAAGCCAAGUCCAAACAUUGAAGUCCUCUGAUGCAUGGAUGGUUGCUCUCAGUAAGGCUCUCUCAACGUGGUGGCCUUGGGUUGCUGAAGGGGAUUUUCCUUUAACUGGAGCCAAAGGGGAGGAAAUAUCUAUUUAUAAGGAGCUUGAACCAACAGCUCGUGUUGUGAUUCUUAAAGCUCUUUGUGAAGUUCGAGCUGAUCAAUAUGAUGUGGCUUCCUAUAUCAGCGAGCAAAUAAAACAUGGCACUGACCUUUCUUAUUUCCGAAAGGACAAGCUUGCAAGUGAUGGCAAUAGAGUAGCAUUCUGGUAUGAUGGAAAUGAAACUAUUGGUCACAGAUUGUAUAAGGAGGUCAAUUUCUUUGAAAAACGGCAAGCCAAAAAUAAGGAUACUGUCCCAGCAGUUAACUGCCAAUGGGAAACCUUAGCUACUAAUCUAGAAGAAUUCAACAAGAUUGUGAAUGAAUUCUCAUCUAGUAAAUUCAAAUGGGAGGUUGCUCUUGGUAAAUCUGUUGAAAUGGAUGUAAUUCCUGUUCUUGCAAAGCAACAGAAGAAAAAAGAGAAGGCACUAUACCGGCUGCAAAGAGAGCAAUUACUAUUUAAUGGUUUUCGCAACUCCGUUGCAACUCGGUCCUGUCGUAGUAACAAGCCUGUUGAUUACAGAUUUGAUAAUUAUGACAGAGCCAUUGCAGAGGCCAUAAAAGUUUCCAACAAAAGGAAGACUAGUGAAGAGCGAAUGCAGGAAGAGAAACCUAGCCAGAGAAGGAUGACAAGUACCUCAGAUGGAUCUAACAGCUCAGCAAUAACUUCCAGGGAGGGUGAAUCCACUGAAACUGAUACCGAGACACGCAAUCCUGAAGAAAGGGACGAUGCUGAUGGCUCCACAGACGAAGAAUACGUGGAGAACGAGGAAGAUGCCAUAGAAAAGGAUGAAGACGGAGAUGAACAAAAAGUUCCCCGCCUCAAGCAGAACAUGCCUGUAGUCCACAAGUCAAAAGGAUCACGCUUCAGUAAGAGGCUAGCUGGAGUUCCUGGCUACACUAUCCCAGAAAGCAUGACUUUAGGUUCUAAAAACACGUCGAGGCAAAGGCCAUCCAUCAAUACUGCUGCCGAAUCUGUAGUGAUUGCUGAUUCUGAAGAUGAAAGCUAAUCAAGGGACACGAGCUGGAGAUUUUCGAAACUGAUCCUGUUUUUUGUCACUCACUGAUUUCCAGAUGUAAAAAAAAUAUGAUAAUUUUGAGAAUUUUUGGCAUUGUAGUGAAAAGAGUUGGAGACAACAACAUUUGUAAAGCAGUUCUAGCUAGGUAGCAGCUGUCUGUCUCAACUCUGUAGUUUUGUGAAGACUGUUAGCUCAAAUUGUUGCUAGGAUUUCUACUAUUGUAUCAAUGUUUUAAACUCUUUCUGCUCUGGUUGGGAUCUCAGUUAAAUAUCUUUUGUCAA